GUGAACCAAACGGGGUUUGAGCAUGUUUGAGUCUGAUGAAGCAGGCGGGAAUUUAGUCCCCUUCUAAUUAGCGGCUCUGGAAGGCAGGCCGACUCACUGUGAUAUGAUUGCCGGCCAGCUCCCAGCCCGGCACUGAUAGUGCUGGAGGAAGAUUGCGUGGGCGGGGGAGUCCAAAUGGGAGAGGAGGGGACAGGGGGCACCGUGCAUCUGCUGUGCCUCGCGGCCUCCAGCGGGGUGCCCCUAUUCUGCAGGAGCAGCCGUGGCGGUGCCCCGGCCCGUCAGCAGCUACCCUUCUCUGUCAUCGGCUCCCUCAAUGGGGUCCACAUGUUUGGCCAGAAUCUGGACGUGCAGCUGAGCUCUGCGAGGACGGAGGACACGACCGUGGUGUGGAAAAGCUUCCAUGACAGCAUCACCCUCAUUGUUCUGUCAUCAGAAGAGGGCACCUCGGAGCUGAGGCUGGAACGACUGCUCCAGAUGGUGUUUGGAGCCAUGGUUCUUCUUGUAGGACUUGAAGAACUGACGAAUAUCCGAAACAUAGAGAGACUGAAGAAAGAGUUGAGGGCCAGUUAUUGCCUCAUUGACAGCUUCCUGGGGGACCCGGAGCUCAUUGGGGACCUGACCCAGUGUGUGGACUGCGUGAUUCCUCCAGAAGGCUCACUCCUGCAGGAAGCUCUCUCUGGGUUCGCUGAGGCCACAGGAACAGCCUUCGUCAGUCUGGUGGUGUCUGGCCGAGUGGUGGCAGCCACUGAAGGCUGGUGGCGGCUAGGGAUGCCCGAGGCCGUGCUGCUCCCGUGGCUGGUGGGGUCCCUUCCACCUCAGGCUGCACGAGACUACCCGGUGUACCUACCGCACGGGAGCCCCACGGUCCCCCACAGGCUCCUGACCCUGACGCUGCUGCCUGGCCUGGAGCUGUGUCUGCUCUGCGGGCCACGUCCGCCCCUCAGCCAGCUAGAUCCACAGCUGCUGGAGCGCUGGUGGCAACCCCUUCUGGAACCACUGCGGGCCUGCCUGACGCUGGGGCCCCAAGCGCUGCCCGACGGAUUCCCCCUGCACACAGACAUCCUCGGGCUGCUGCUCCUGAACCUGGAACUAAAACGCUGCCUUUUCACCGUGCAGCCCUUGGGGGAUAAAGAGCCUUCCCCAGAACAGCGCCGUCGCCUCCUCCGAAACUUCUAUACUCUGGUCACCACCACACACUUCCCACAAGAGCCAGGGCACCUGGAGAAGGUGGAGGAUGCAGGCCACCGAGCCCAGCUGCCAAGAGCUUGCUACCUCGUGUUGGGCCCAGGCAUCGGGUGGCAAGUAGUGGCCCUGCAGCUGGGGCCUCGGCAGCUGCUGCUGCUGCUGUCUCCACAGAGCCCCACCCAUGGGCUUCGAGCCCUGGCCACCCACACACUGCAUGCUCUCAUCCCAUUCCUGUGACUACCCCCGAGAAGCCAGCUGCAGAUGCAGGGCAUUAGCGUCUCUCUGUUUAUUCGCUCACAAUAAUACACAGCCCCUGGAUGGGGAGGGGGCACGAGGGGCUACAACGAGGUGGGGGAGGGGAGGAGGCACCCACUUCCCUGGCCCCACUCCCCUCUGUGCUCGGGGGUGACAGGGAGGAAGGGGGCUCCCCCUUACCCCCCAGAAUGUAAACAGCAGCAGAUGAACAAAAAUAAAAAUACAAAAGGCUGGAGGAAGGUCCCAGGCAUCCCCCA